AUGCCGCUCAACGAGCAUGACAAGGACCUCAUCGAGGCCAUGUUUCGCGACAACUGCGACGUCAAUACCGUCUGCAAAGUCAUUCCCCAUGCAGCUCGUAGGACGGUGUAUCGUAUGUAUGAGAACAUACAGCACUUUGGCCAGGUUAGGAAGCCUUCCUCAGCACUAAAGAAGCGUGGCGCCCCGAAGAAGAUAACACCAGUUAUGCGCGAAUACCUCAUAGAACUGCUCUCCGCGAGGAACGAUCUCUGGCAGGAGGAAUUGGUGUUCGAAUUGUGGUGCGAAUUCGACAUAGCUGUUAACCAGUCGACCAUUAGUCGCCUGCUAGCUGAAGAGGAGCUAUCAAACAAGGUCAAUACACGUAUCGCAAGUCGCCAGUCUGUUGCGCAACAGGGAGUUUAUCUUAAAGAAUUGGCUGAUCUAAUGUCUCGAGGCCUCACGGCUGGUCUUAACCCUAUAGAUAUGCUAGUUUAUCUUGAUGAAUCUGCAUGCAGCGAGAAGGUGAUGUUUCGCCGCCGCUCUUAG